AUGUCUGGCAUAUCUGCAUCUGAGCUGGCCCAGGAGGAGACCUUGAAGACGUCAGUGACGAGGUCAGAUCCGGAGAACCGACUCAACGCGCCAUUCAUUCUCUACGAACCUCUGCCUAUCAUAAAGAAGAAGUCACUGGGAGCUGGCUCCAUAUUGCCGAUCGGCGCUUUCGCUACCACUCUGACGACCCUGUCGCUUUCUUUGAUGGAAUGGCGAGGUGUCACGACUACCAAUGUUUACAUAGCGAACUUCUUUUUCAUCGCGGCAUUUGGACUCGUGGUCACAGCCCAGUGGGAGUUGGCCAUCGGGAACGGGCUCGCAUACUCGAUCUAUAGCGCUUUCGGGCUGUUCUAUGCGGGAUAUGCAGCAAUGAUCACCCCAUCCUUCGGAGUCGCAGAUGCAUACGGCGACGACAUUCAGCAGUGUAAUAAUGCUGUUGGGUUCUUCAUGAUAUUAUGGACCGUCUUCGUUUUCGCUCUCUUGGUCGCGGUCAUCCCCACUAACCUCACUUUUAUUGUAAUCUUCAUCUUCCUGGUUCUGGGUUUCCUGUUUGUGGCAAGCAGCUACUUUGCCGCGGCGGACGGUCAUGCUACUGCCUCAGUCAAUCUUAGAAAGGCCGGUGGAGUAUUUUGCUUUCUGGCUGGACUAGGAGGCUGGUACUUGACUUUCCAUCGUUUAACGGCGGAGUCGUUGUUGGACAUUCCACUCGGUGACACGUCCCGAUAUUUCGGCAAGAAAACCAAAUAG